AUGGAUGGCAGUAGCUCUAGAGAAAGCCAGCAGCGAAAAUUGUCUGUCAGUGGCAACUGUGAGAAUGCAAGUGAUAAUCACCAAAAGAAAACGAUGCAUAGGGACAUGGAGAAGCAAAGAAGGCGAGAAAUGUCUGUCCUUCACGCAUCGCUUAGAUCUCUUCUCCCUCUUGAGCAUAUCAAGGGAAAGCGUUCGAUCUCGGAUCACAUAAACGGGGCUGUAAAUUAUAUAAAUGAUCUGAAGAAAAGGAUCACAGAGCUGAGCGCCAAGAGAGAUAAGCUAAAGAAGUCGGAUUUGAGUGUUUCAAGCCCCGGCGUGAGUGGAAGCACAAAUGAUAGACUGCCUUGCCGUAGUGUCAUGGUCCAUCCAUGUUUAUCAGGUGGACUCGAGGUUGUGAUCAGCUACAGCAGCUUCAAGGAGCCAGGUUUGCCCCUAUCAAGGGUGCUUGAGGUUCUGCUUAAAGAAGGACUUGAUGUUGUUAACUGUGUCUCCACAAAAGUAAACGAUGAAAUGUUACUUCUCACUCUCCAAACUCAGGCAAGAGAUGAUCCUACAUUCGUCGAUGUAUCAGGACUGCAACAAAAGCUACUUGAAGUGAUGACUGCAUCAUCAUGA